AGAAAAAUUGUACAGUGCUUCCGGCUCUUAGUUUUAGACGCUCGUAAGUUUUCGGCAGUUUCCGGAGAGACUCGGAGACUCCGCGUCUCCCUUGCUCGGUCUGUUCUGAUCGCCUAGUUCGGUGGUGCGGGGUUUUGGGUUAGUCAUGGCGUCCCCGUCUCGGAGAUUGCAGACUAAACCAGUCAUUACUUGUUUCAAGAGCGUCCUCUUGAUCUACACUUUCAUCUUUUGGAUCACUGGUGUUAUUCUGCUUGCCGUAGGCAUUUGGGGCAAGGUGAGCCUGGAGAAUUAUUUUUCUCUUUUAAAUGAGAAGGCCACAAAUGUCCCCUUCGUGCUCAUAGGCACUGGCACUGUCAUUAUUCUUUUGGGCACCUUUGGCUGUUUUGCUACCUGCCGAGCUUCUGCAUGGAUGCUAAAACUGUAUGCAAUGUUUCUGACUCUCAUUUUUUUGGUCGAACUGGUCGCUGCCAUUGUAGGAUUUGUUUUCAGACAUGAGAUUAAGAACAGCUUUAAGAAUAAUUAUGAGAAGGCUUUGAAGCAAUAUAAUGCUACAAGAGAUUAUAGAAGCGAUGCAGUAGACAAUAUCCAAAGUACCUUGCACUGUUGUGGUGUCACCAGUUAUAAGGAUUGGGAAGAUACUAAUUAUUAUUCAGAAAAAGGAUUUCCAAAGAGCUGCUGUAAACUCGAAGGUUGUUCUCCGUGGACAGACGUAAAUAAAGUAAACAAUGAAGGUUGUUUUAUAAAGGUAAUGACCGUUAUAGAGUCAAAAAUGGGAAUCGUUGCAGGAAUUUCCUUUGGAGUUGCUUGCUUCCAGCUGAUUGGAAUCUUUCUAGCCUACUGCCUCUCUCGUGUCAUAACAAAUAACCAAUAUGAGAUAGUGUAACCAGCGUUUCUGCAGUCUUACUCCUCUCUACUUUAAGGACACUUAAGUUCUCCCUAGUGAAAUGUAAGAUUGCUUGGAUGGAAGACUGCUGAAACUACUUACCAAUAGACUGAAAAACUGCUGAGACUACUUACCGAUAGACUGAUUCAAUCAAGACCUUAGUUUAAUAUGUUCUACAUCCACCUUAUGUUCCAUUCAUGUUAGAACAUUGAGGCCCUGUAUCAAUCUGAAAUACUGGAAGAGCUAGUAAAUUGUAAAUGAAGUUAUCUCUGUCUCUUGACUUUUAUUUUUCUCUUAAUGUAGUGCUAUAAGAUGGAAUAUUGAUCCCUCUGAAUUUGCUAUUGAUGUAGUGUGAUAGAUUGAGCCCUCUGAAUUGGCCCCUUCCCAACCAAAUUAUCUGGUUUGAUUGUAAUUUGUAUCAAGAAGUUGAACUGCUUUCAUUAGUCUCCGGUCUGCUUAUAGGCAGAGAAUCACAUUGUUUAAUUUAAUUCCAGUCAGUAGAUAGAUGGUAGUAAUGGUCUUUGAACUAAUGCACCCAAGACUAAGAAAUAGUACCAAUAUUCUGUGAUACAUCAGGUUUCAACACACUUACAUUUUACAUUUUUUGGCCUCCAAAUUAAGGUGUUUAUACUGAUGUUUGUAUUUUCCCUAUUGUUCUAAAGGUUCUAAUUAUUACUUAAUGGUGUCAGAAUUAUGGUAUUUUUCUUAGGAAUUUAAAGGAAGUAAUUGUCAUUAGCCUUAGCUGGUAUUUCCUUAGCAAGUUGAUAAGACUUAAUUGUCAAUAUUAUGGUCAACUUUAAUAGACUUAGUUUUGGUUUGUGCUUGCAAUUAAUAAAUAUAAAUUUUUUACAAUAAA